AUCACUGUCUGUGGGGAAAGAUGCCGUUACCUUUUGGGCUCAAAUUGAAACGAACUCGACGUUACACAGUGUCCAGCAAGAGCUGCUUGGUGGCCCGCAUCCAGCUGCUCAACAAUGAAUUUGUGGAGUUCACUCUUUCUGUGGAGAGCACCGGCCAGGAAAGUCUGGAAGCUGUGGCUCAGAGACUCGAACUGCGGGAGAUUACUUAUUUCAGUCUGUGGUAUUACAAUAAGCAGAACCAGCGCCGGUGGGUAGAUUUGGACAAGCCUCUAAAAAAGCAACUGGACAAAUAUGCUUUGGAGCCGACGGUAUAUUUUGGAGUGGUGUUUUAUGUGCCUACUGUUUCUCAGCUUCAGCAGGAGAUUACCAGAUACCAGUAUUAUUUGCAAUUGAAGAAAGAUAUCUUGGAGGGAAACAUUCCUUGCACAUUAGAGCAAGCAAUUCAUCUGGCUGGCUUAGCUGUUCAAGCUGACUUUGGAGACUACGAUCAGUAUGAAUCUCAGGAAUUUCUACAAAGAUUUGCCUUGUUUCCUGUGGAUUGGUUACAAGAGGAAAAAGUCCUGGAGGAAGCAACACAGAAAGUGGCCCUGCUGCAUCAAAAGUACAGAGGCCUUACACCUCCUGAUGCAGAAAUGUUAUAUAUGCAAGAGGUAGAGAGAAUGGAAGGCUAUGGUGAAGAGAGCUACCCUGCAAAGGACAGCCAGGGAAGUGACCUAUUCAUUGGGGCAUGUCUUGAUGGUAUCUUUGUGAAACACAAAAAUGGCCGGCCUCCUGUUAUAUUUCGAUGGCAUGAUAUUGCCAAUAUGUCCCACAACAAGUCCUUUUUUGCAUUAGAACUGGCAAAUAAAGAAGAGACAAUCCAGUUCCAAACUGAGGACAUGGAAACCGCAAAAUAUGUGUGGAGGAUGUGUGUGGCCAGACACAAAUUUUACAGACUAAAUAAAUGUAGCCUACAAACCCAGGCUGUUACAGUGAAUCCAGUUAGAAGGAGGUCCUCUUCCAGGAUGUCUCUGCCCAAGCCACAGCCUUACAUGAUGCAACCACCACCUCCUCUACAUUACAAUGGACACUACACGGAACCAUAUACAUCGUCCCAAGAUAACCUUUUUGUGAACAAGCAGAAUGGAUACUACUACCACUCUCAGACUAGCUUGGAUAGAGCUCCACAUGACUACAAUGGCAGAAUUCGCAAUGGGAGUGUCUAUAGUGCACACAGCACAAACUCUUUGAAUAACCCACAGCACUACUUGCAGCCAUCUCCCAUGUCCUCUAACCCAAGCAUUACUGGAAGCGAUGUCCUGAGACCUGAUUAUGUUCCGUCGCAUCGACAUAGUGCGCUAAUACCACCUUCUUAUCGGCCUACACCAGAUUAUGAAACUGUAAUGAGACAGCUUAACAGAGGAAUGAUACACACAGAUAGGCAGAGUCAUUCUAUGAGAAAUCUUAACAUCAGCAAUUCAUAUGCCUACAGUAGGCCUGAUGCUCUGGUCUAUAGCCAACCUGAAAUCCGAGAACAUGCUCACUUCACCUCCCCCCAAUCUAAUCACUAUCCUUUUAACCUGAGUUACAGUUUUCAUAGCCAGUCUCCCUACCCAUACCCUGCUGAACGGCGUCCAGUUGUUGGAGCAGUUAGUGUCCCUGAGCUAACAAAUGUGCAGCUUCAGGCUCAGGAGUAUCCAGCACCAAACAUCAUGAAGACCCAGGUCUAUCGACCUCCUCCCCCUUACCCAUACCCAAGACCUGCAAACAGUACCCCAGACCUUUCCCGACAUCUUUACAUUAGCAGCAGCAAUCCAGAUCUCAUCACGCGGCGAGUCCACCAUUCUGUUCAGACGUUUCAGGAAGACAGCCUGCCUGUUGCACAUUCCCUUCAGGAAGUGAGUGAGCCCUUAACAUCUGCACGGCAUGCUCAGCUACAGAAAAGGAACAGUAUUGAAAUAGCUGGACUUACCCACAACUUUGAAGGCAUAAGAAUUAAAGAGCGGACCAUGUCAGCUUCUGCUGCAGAUGUGGCCCUUCCAAGGGUCAUGUUGGCAGGAUCACAGCCCAGCGUUUUCAUAGAGAGAACAAAGCAAGAAGAAAAUAAGGAGCAAGAAGAAAGUUUGAACUGUGAUCAUAAGAAGUCUCUUUCAGAUGCCACUAUGCUGAUUCACAGCAGCGAGGAAGAGGAAGAAUUUGAAGAAGAAAACAAAGCUAGUACAACUCUGACUCCUCUCACUGAUGAUCAAACCCAGCUUUCUGCUAUUAUGGGUGGUUAUCCUCAUGAAUCCUUACUAAGUUACCCCUACAGUUCUGUUGCUUCACCUCCUGGCCCUUUGCAUAUCCUUGAGCCUAAGUUACAUAUUUCGGAGACGGAAAAGAGGAUAAAAGAUGUGAGCCCAGUACACUUAAUGGCUGAAACCCAGGUGCAGAGAAGAGGUGAAGGAUUGCUGAUUCCGUCUAUGUCAGAAUCUGACCUUACGACGUCGGGAAGGUACAGAGUGAGAAAGGAUUCUCUAAAGAAGAGACCCGUCUCUGAUCUUCUGUCAGGGAAGAAGAAUAUAGUGGAAGGUCUUCCCCCUUUAGGAGGUAUGAAAAAGAAUAGAACGGAUGCAAAAAAAAUAGGGCCUCUGAAGCUAGCUGCCCUAAAUGGACUAACCUUGUCUCGAAUGCCUUUGCCAGAUGAGGGUAAAGAAGAGCCGACCAGAGCGACAAAUGAUGAACGGUGUAAAAUUCUAGAACAACGGCUGGAACAGGGAAUGGUGUUUACUGAGUAUGAGCAGAUUCAAAAGAAAAGGCUCAUAGAUGGAGAGUGCUCAAUAGCUCGGCUCCCUGAAAAUGCAGAGAGAAACAGGUUCCAGGAUGUCCUUCCCUAUGAUGAUGCCAGAGUGGAGCUGGUCCCAACCAAAGAAAACAACACUGGCUAUAUCAAUGCAUCCCAUAUCAAGGUCUCUGUCAGUGGCAUUGAGUGGGACUAUAUUGCUACACAGGGCCCUUUGCAGAAUACAUGUCAGGAUUUCUGGCAGAUGGUGUGGGAACAAGGGAUUGCCAUUAUAGCAAUGGUGACAGCAGAAGAGGAGGGUGGGCGAGAAAAGAGCUUCAGGUACUGGCCCCGACUUGGCUCAAGGCACAACACUGUCACCUAUGGGAGAUUUAAGAUUACUACACGAUUCCGGACAGACUCUGGCUGCUAUGCAACUACAGGCUUGAAGAUCAAACACCUUCUCACAGGGCAGGAGAGAACAGUUUGGCAUCUGCAGUACACUGACUGGCCAGAGCAUGGGUGCCCAGAGGAUCCCAAGGGAUUUCUGUCGUACUUGGAGGAGAUACAGUCAGUGCGGCGCCAUACAAACAGCACAGCAGAUCCUAAAAGCUCUAACCCUCCUGUACUGGUGCACUGCAGCGCAGGUGUAGGAAGAACGGGAGUGGUCAUAUUGUCAGAGAUCAUGAUUGCCUGUUUGGAACACAAUGAGAUGCUGGACAUCCCAAGAGUGCUGGACAUGCUGAGGCAGCAGAGGAUGAUGAUGGUGCAGACUCUCUGUCAAUACACUUUUGUCUAUGGAGUUCUUAUUCAGUUCCUUAAAAGUUCUAGGCUUAUAUGACGCCCACCACUUCCUGUGGGACUGAAUCAUCUCAAGAGUUUAUAAAAGGAGAAUUGCAGUUGUCCAGACAGACUUGCCUUUCUGGUGUUUUCCUCAAUAGAUAACUCAUGCAGAGUUACCUUUUUGGCAUGGUGUGGGGAUAUUAAAUGCAAGUGCAAGGUGUCAACCUUUGCAAAGCAAGAUAUUGACUGGACUAACUUCAGCUAUGUUAGGAAGGUUCUAACAUAACACAACUGUGCUCUUGUGAAGUACCUGCCCACUUUCUUGAGAUUGUGUUACUCUGGGUAAAUUAACUGUCAACUUUACCAAAACUACACUGGGCAAUUUUGGAAAUAACCUAUGGUUUUUUAAGUCUAAAUUGCUUUUUUAAAAACAGAGCAUUAGCUCUGAGCAUGGAAAAAAUAUCUGUAGAGUUGCAUAGCGAGGGGCAUGACGGCCCCAUUGGAAUGCCAAGGUCUUAAGUAGUCUCACUCUACUUUCCAUUUUGUAUUUAAAACAAUGCUAAUAUAUUUUUUAAAAUAGACUUGGUUUCUUCUGGUUCAUUUAGCAGAACCAGCAGCUGCUAGAAACCUAAAAACAUCAGGACAGUUAUUUUUCUAUUCAACAAAUUUAAUUUUUUUAGUCUUCAAAGAGCUAUACAUUUGUAAACAGCACAAGUUUUCAGAGAAGAGCAGAAACGAAGACACUCAAAUUAACUUUUCAGGAUUUGUACAAAAGUGAAAAGUACAAGAGGAAACUGUUGGUACCUGUAGAGUUCCAGGUAGUAGAAUCAGCAAGAGAAAAGUCUUGUUACCUGCAGAGUGCUAGGUAAUAAAAUAGGCAAGUAGAAGGCAUUGUUGCCUACACAUUUCUAGGUGACAUAAAUGGUAAGAGAGAGGCACAGUUACCUACAGAGUUGUAGGUAAUAAUCUGCAAGGGGAAGAGGUUAUUGUCAAUGGUUUUAGGUAAAAGUAAAUGAACAAGAGAAGGUCAGUUACCUACAGGAUUCUAGGUAACAAAAUGGACAAGAGGAGGUAUAUAUUCAGUAUUAUUCAUAUAUUUAGAGGACAGUUUGAUUUUACUGGUUGAAAUCGAAGUGGAUGCAAAUGAUGUUUUAAGCACUUUUUUUUUUGCUCUCUUAUUUAUAUAGCUAAGCAUAUAAAC